AUGGCGGUCGUCAACCUGGACUUUGACGCACGAGUACCGAUCCCCUUCAGCAUCUUCCCGUCGUCGUAUCGAAGCGACGUCGCUGCCCAACCCAUUCAAAUCACCGAGACUCACGUCGAAGGUGAAAUCACUCUACCACAUCAUCACGAGCGCGCCGGACGGGAAGGUCAAGAAGAGGACGCUCAAUCUUCCUAUUCGCAACCGGAACAUCAACAUCAACCGCAUCAACAACAACAUCACCUCCCUCCCCCUCCGCAACGACAGGAAUAUUUAGAAGAAGAGCUUCAUAUUACCCGCGAAGAAGACCGUCGUUCGGAAUUCCGUCCGAGCCGAAAGGAAGAAGAAGUUUAUAUUCGUGAAGAGCGCAGACCCGAACACAAACACCACUCUGCUUCCUUCGACCUUGACACCCCACAUCAUCACCGACACUUCGAAGCUUCUUUUGAAAGAGAUAGUGACCGUCACCACACACACAAACACACUGAAGUAAACAUCGAAUCUCCUCGUCGUGAACAUCAUCAUCAACAUCAACAUCAUCAACGUCGUCCAUCUUCUGAAGUAGACUUCGAAUCAGAACGUGAACAUCAACCUCGUCGUUACGAACAACGCACCGAAGUUGAUACUCAAAUCUCUGCUCCUUUAAAGAGUCCUUCCGAAACCCAAAUCGAUUUCGUCGAACGUCAAUACCGUUCCCGAACUCAACCAAGUUACAAAGAAGAAGAGACCGGCAUCGUCGAUCCUCCCCAAUCUCGUAUUUCUGAACCAAGAUACAUCGAGGAAACCCGCGUAACCGAGACAACCAUCGUCCCAUCACCUGCCCGAUCCACUCACUCAAGCAAACCCAAGUCCAUCUUCCACGAAGAAAAAGUUGAGAAAGUUCGCACACCAGCCCGAUCUACUUUCACCGACACCAAUCGUGAAAGAGAACUUGUCAAGUACUCUCCACCAGCACCUAAAUCAAGCUCUUCAGCUUUCAAACCAGUAAAACUCGAUAUGGGUUACUACGACGAAGAAGGGAAUUAUCACUCCUUGCGGGGGAAUUAUUACCAAGGAAACGGGAAACAAAAGUACCAGGACCCAAUUGACUCUCUCGAUUUAGCCGGCGCCCCAGCCGUUGCUGCUCCAAAGCAACCUCCUAACACCGUUACCAUCCCUUGCCACCACAUCCGUAUGGGUGAUCUCUUGAUGCUCCAAGGACGUCCCUGCCAGGUUAUCCGUAUCACCACCUCCGCUGCCACUGGCCAACACCGUUACUUGGGUGUCGACCUCUUCACCAGACAAUUGAAUGAAGAGUCCUCUUUCAUCGCCAACCCAAGCCCAAGCGUCGUCGUCCAAACCAUGUUGGGACCCGUCUUCAAGCAAUACCGUGUUCUUGAUCUCCAGGACCAAACCGUUGUUGCCAUGACCGAGACCGGAGAUGUCAAGCAAGCCGUUCCCGUUUUGGACCAAUCCAACCUCUGGACCCGCCUCAAGGAAGCCUUCGAAGGUGGACGUGGUAGCAUCCGCAUCAUGGUCGUUGCCGAUGGUGGUCGUGAGAUCGCCGUUGACAUGAAGACCGUCCACGGAUCCCGUUUGUAG